UCCAUGGGAGCGGCGGCGUGAUGACGCAGGCGACGCGAUGACGACAUGGCGGCGUGCCCCUGCAGCGGUUUAAAGCUGUGCAGGAAACCCCGUGCAGCGCCAACGCCCGGUGCAGUCGCUGCCGCGUCCGCCCGUCGACACAACAAUAGAUUCAAUAAAGGUGGAGACUUGAAAGUGAUCUACAACUAUGCAGACCAUUAAAUGUGUUGUAGUUGGUGAUGGUGCUGUUGGUAAAACAUGUCUCUUAAUCUCUUACACGACAAACAAAUUUCCAUCAGAAUAUGUUCCUACGGUAUUUGAUAACUAUGCUGUGACAGUUAUGAUUGGAGGUGAACCAUAUACCUUAGGACUGUUUGACACUGCAGGUCAGGAAGAUUAUGACCGAUUACGACCACUGAGUUAUCCGCAGACUGAUGUUUUCCUUGUGUGCUUUUCUGUUGUGUCGCCAUCAUCAUUUGAAAAUGUUAAAGAAAAGUGGGUACCUGAGAUAACUCAUCAUUGUCCAAAGACUCCAUUCCUGCUGGUUGGGACUCAAAUUGAUCUAAGGGAUGACUCCUCGACCAUUGAGAAACUUGCAAAGAACAAACAGAAGCCCAUUAUCCUUGAUAAUGCUGAAAAGCUGGCCAAGGAUCUGAAAGCUGUCAAAUAUGUGGAGUGUUCUGCCCUGACACAAAGAGGUCUGAAGAAUGUUUUUGAUGAGGCUAUCCUAGCUGCUCUCGAGCCACCGGAAACUCAAAGGAAGCGGAAAUGCUGUAUAUUUUAAGUGUCCCUGUUUUUCUGUAUGCAGUCCAAUAGAGAUGUUGUUCAAAUGAAUCCGUUUAAAUUGUUUCCCUCUCUCCAUAUGGAUCUGUAAACGUUGCUGGAUGCCAUUUUGAACCUUUCCAAAGUUUCUACUCAUGUAACUGUGAUGUACAUCUAGGUAUUGUACAGUUGCACCUAUUUUGUAGGUGUUAAUUUGGUUGAAAUAAAAUUGACUCAAAUGUUCUGGUUCAUAAUGGAGAGCUGUAAAAUGGAACUGAUGGCAUUCAUGGGUCCUUGUCUUGCUUUUAUCCUUUGCAAAUGUGGCAAAGUAACAGUCACCUUCUGUUUGUCAUUGGCUAACUUCAACUGAAAUGGUAACAUUGCAGUAUUGUUCCUGCCUCUACUGUGACUUCUGUGCCAGAUCUUUGGGUUCUUGGUCCCAUAGUUGUAAAACUCGACCUACCAGUAACUUUAAAUGCUCUUUUUUCCUCUUCUCUUCUUCCCCCUCCUCUCCAUCCCUGCUUUAUUUAAACUGGAUUGUUUUAUCCCAUUUUAUUUUGCAUAAUGUUAGUAAUCCUCUGCAAAGUUAUACCUGUUGACACUGAAGAGUUGACUUGGUCAAUUAAUGUAACUAGAGACAGAUAUGAGUAAUAUUGCAAUGGGACUGCAGUGGUGAUUAAAUAGUAAAACCAAACUGCAACUAAAUUAGAAUAAAUGGUCCUUAAUUAGCUGUUGUAUAAAUGGAAUGGACAGUUUUGGUGUCUUGAAUGUUAGGUGCUUAAUAUCUACAUAUUCCUACAUUGUUGAAAUUAUGAAUGUUGUAUGUUCUAGACACUACCAGGAAUCCAAACCUCUCUCAAUAACAGUUUUAAAUUGAUAUUCAUAAAAGCUGUCUUUUAAUGGAAGACAGUUUUAUUAAAUCCUUUUAGCUAGGACCAAGGAUAUUAGUGGUAGUUGUAUUGUGUAGUAGGUUUUAUAGAGUUGUAUACAGUAAAUAUCAGCAUGUUAAUGCUAACAUCACAGAUGCAAGUUUUAAAAUUGUAUUGCUAUUUCAUAUGUGCAAGGGAAAUGCAUGUCUAGGUAAUUCUACUGCUGCUGUUUGGGAAGUUAAUGAACUUUUAAGUGAUGGCAAAGACCCCCCCCCCCCCCCGGCUCAGCUCAUUGGCAAGAAAUUGCUUAAAACGUGAUCCCAUAAACUUCCAGGUCUAUUCAUUUGUUUUUGUUUAAUCUAUUGUGGAUGAGGCCUUUUAUUCUACAGCUUUCAUUAGUAGUUUGGAACUUAAGCAUUGUAAUAAACCUGUCAAGAGUAUAGAAAGGAGAGAUCAAGGAUUACCGUGUUAUUGGAAAAUGGGGAUAAUGAAGUGAUUCCUUCACUCCCAAUCUACCUUUUGAUUUGCAUAUACUUGAAUCCUUGUAGUUAAUCCUUAAGAAUUAUUUAUUAACAAAUCUCAUCAGGAUAAAUAUUUUUAUAAUUAAUUUUGAACUACAUCGUAAUAUGUCAACAAGAUUUACCCGGCUAUUUGUUUGGUUCUUGUGUUUUUUUAUUUUGAACCUGUAACCAUGAGACCCCACCUUUCUCUCCCACUUUUCAGAAAGGACUAAAGAAUGUAUUUGACGAAGCAAUAUUGGCAGCCCUGGAGCCACCAGAACCCAAGAAGAAAA